AUGUCAGGUCCUUGGCUGACAUGGAACGUCCGUGGCUUGGGAGGAACAACGAAGCGGGAAGCAGUAAAGAAAGCAAUUUUGCAUUUGAAACCAGAACUAGUUCUGUUACAGGAAACAAAACUGAAUGAACUUCGGGAGCGUACAGUAAUUUCUUGGACUAAAAGUCUCAAUAUGCAGCAUGCUGAAUCUAGUUCUGUUGGAACAGCUGGGGGGUUGAUGUGUUUGUGGAGGGAGAGUUCUUUGCAGGUUCUGACAGUGGCCGUAGAAACGUGGUUUAUUCUUCUGACUGUGAAGUUGCCUAAUAUUGAUCAAACAGUGCUGAUUGGAAAUGUUUAUGGUCCUCAUUCUGUGUCAGAUCGUAGUCUUUGUCUUGCAGCUCUAAAGCAACGGGUUUUAUGCCAUGGCGGUUUGGUCUGUAUAGGGGGAGAUUUUAAUGCGGUGCUACUGGCCUCUGAACGCACAUCAGGUCAUGUCCUUGACGUGGGUGAUUCAUCCUUUCAGCAGUUUGUACAAGACAGCAAUUUAUUGGAUUUACCACUGAAUAAUGGCGAUUAUACUUGGUUUUCUAGUCGGAACGAAGGGAUUUGGAGUCGCUUGGAUCGUUGGUUAGUGUCUGAUGAGGUCCUGGUAACGUUCUCUAAUAUUUCUCAAUCUGUUUUACCAUGGAAUGUAUCUGAUCAUAGGGCGGUGGGUUUAUUUUUUGGGGUGCCUGAUUCGGGACCAAAACCAUUUUAUUAUUUUAAUCAUUGGGUUGAUGAGGAGGGUUUUAAAGAAUUAGUGGAGGCUUGGUGGACAUCUGCUGUGUAUCAAGGGUGGUCGGGUUAUGUGUUGCAACAAAAGCUAAGAGGAUUGAGAGGAAAAAUUCGAGAGUGGCGUAGAAAGAAGGGUGCAUGGGGUGUAGAAAAAAUUGCCAAUUUAGAGAAAAGAUUACAGGAGGUGAUGAGUGAGUUAGAAGCAGAGGGGGGUUCAGAGGCUCUGAAUAAGGAGAGAAGGAUGGUUUUAGAGGCUUUGUGGCGAGCAUACCGUGAGGAGGAAAGAAUAUGGUUACAAAAGUCAAGGGUAAGGUGGUUGAAGGAGGGAGACAGAAACACAAAAUACUUUCACCGUGUGUGUAAGGCACGUACAGUAAAGAAAACCAUCACGCAGCUAAGGUAUGGUGGGCGUCUGUUAACUUCCCCAGAUGAGAUAAAAGAAGCUAUGCGAGCACAUUUUAUUAAUUUUUUCCGCAAGGAUGGUGGUCCUAGGCCGUGGUUCUCAAACAGCAAAUUAAAUAAAGUGUCGGAGGCACAAAAACACUUUUUGGAAGCAGAUUUUACAGUGGAGGAAAUAUGGGAGGUGGUAAAGAAUUUUGAUGGGAAUAGAGCUCCUGGUCCUGAUGGACAGCUGGUGAGGGGUCUAAAUUCCACUUUUAUAGCUCUUAUUCCUAAAGGGGGUGAACAAGAGCAAAUAUCGGACUACAGGCCAAUCAGCUUAAUUGGAAGCCGUCAGAUUGCGGAUUGCUCUCUAAUUGCUAAUGAAAUUGUCCACACCAUGGCUUCAAGGCCAGAAGGAGGUUUGCUAUUUAAAAUUGAUUUUGCAAAAGCUUAUGAUAAUGUUGAAUGGGAUUUUAUGCUGGAGCUUCUGCAGGAAAUGGGUUUUGGGGAAAAAUGGAUUAGCUGGAUGCAGUUACUGGAAGGGGACGCACCAUGUGGAGUGGAAUUGGCGCCGGGGUUCCGCAUAAAUCAUUUACAGUUUGCAGAUGAUUCCUUGCUGUUUUCUGAUUGUGAUGAGCUUCAGUUCCAGUCUCUAGCCAUGGCAAUUGAAGCUUACUUAUACAGUUCAGGGUUGAAGGUAAAUUUUAACAAAUCAGCGGUUUAUGGGGUGAAUGCCAAUUCUUCUAUGAAGAUUGUCUUUCUGGAAUCCGGUGCUAGAAAAUAUGACUGCAAAAUUGGGUUUGUGGAGUUCACGCUUCUUGACUUUAAGUGGUCGACUUGUUCUGAUAAAAUAUGUUCUCAAUGCUAUUCCAUUGUACUAUAUGGCUCUCUAUAA